GCGCGGCCGACUGCCGGGGCGGGGCGUGGGAUGGCCCCGCCCCCCGCCCUCUGCCCGGGCCCAUGCUUCGGCGCGGGGGCUGUGGCGCUCCGCAGAUCCUCUGGUCGCCAUGGCAGCCACCAGCAGAGUGAUGAGAGCGAUCAGAGUGUUUGAAUUUGGUGGCCCUGAAGUACUUAAACUCCAGUCGGAUGUGUUAGUUCCUGUUCCAAAAGAAAACCAGGUGUUAAUUAAAGUCCAUGCCUGUGGGGUAAAUCCUGUUGAGACAUAUAUUCGUUCUGGGACUUAUGCCAGGAAACCAGCUUUGCCCUACACCCCAGGCUCAGAUGUGUCUGGGGUGAUCGAGGGUGUUGGGGAACAUGUGACUGCAUUCAAGAAAGGGGACAGGGUUUUCACCCUUGAAACGGUUUCUGGGGGAUAUGCAGAGUAUGCAGUUGCUGCAGCCAACAGAGUCUUUCCUUUGCCAGACAAGCUGGACUUCAGGCAGGGAGCAGCACUCGGAGUCCCCUACUUCACUGCCUACCGGGCCCUCUUCCAGAAAGGCUGUGCCAAAGCUGGGGAAAGUGUGCUGGUGCAUGGUGCCAGUGGCGGGGUGGGACUAGCAGCAUGUCAGAUUGCCAGAGCUUGUGGUUUGAAGGUUUUGGGUACAGCAGGAACUGAGGAGGGCAUGAAUGUGAUCCUGAGAAACGGUGCUCACCAAGCCUUUAAUCACAGAGACCCUAAUUACAUUGAGAGAAUUAAGGAGUGCACAGGACCGGGGGGAGUGGAUAUCAUCAUAGAAAUGCUCUCCAAUGUCAACCUGGAUGCUGACUUGCAGCUGCUGGCCCAUGCAGGGAGGGUGAUGGUUGUGGGCUGCAGAGGACGCAUUGAGAUAAACCCAAGAGACACUAUGAGCAAGGAGUCAAGCAUAAUUGGAGUGAGUCUGUUUCUUGCAACUGAGGAGGAGAGGCAUGAAUGUGCCACAGCACUCCUUGAUGGCAUAGAAGCUGGCUGGCUGAAACCCAUUGUGGGCUCGGAAUAUCCCCUGGGGAAAGUAGCCAAGGCUCAUGAAGACAUUAUUUGUAGCAGUGGUGCCCGAGGGAAGAUGGUGCUCCUUCUAUAAAGGAGAACCUUUUUCCAUUUAUUUUGUAGCUGCUUUAACUGUACCUUUGCUUACAUGGUUCAUUGAAUGUAUGUUAUAAGCAUACUUUUGAUCAGGUUUGACAGUAGAAAAUGCUCACUUACAUGAAUUAAUUAACAAGCUGCUUCUUUUUGUAAUGAGCAGAGUUUCAUUUACUGUAAAGUAAUUUUGGUAGCUUUUUUGACUGAUGUGUAAAUAAUAAAUUUUCCCUGCUGGCAUGGCAUGGUGCUGCAAGGGAAGGCAGAGUUUGGUAUCAUGUUCUGUGUGAAGGCAGAGUUAGGCCACUCUAAGUAGUGCAGAAUGAAGCUGCUUUUUACAGAUACACAAAAUUAAAUAACUUGCUGUGUGUGUUAAUUAGAACUGUAAAUUCUUUUAACCACAAAAUCGGUCUUAAAUUUUGUCACACAAUUUACUUGAAAUAAAAGCUUUUACUGACAAAAUA